GUGGUAGUAGUUAGUAAGCAGCAGUAAUGCUGUGUUCAACUACUUGUGGGAACUUGGAAACUCGGAAAUGUCCGACUUGCUAACUGGGGAUAGUUAUACACGUGCGGUGUUGAACGACUCAUCAAGUCGGACAUUUCUUAGGUCAUAGUUCCGACUAGUAUUUUAACGCGGCCUAAGUAGGCAGGCACCCCUCACGAGCGAUCUAUUGUGAUCAUCGGUUCGCACAGCUGGUCUGUUCUCCUACCGAAAAGGGAACGGAACACUCGCUACGGCUUCUUUUCCACCAGGUUCUUAACUUCGAAUCCUCAAUAGUCAUGCUGGAAGCGACACCUUCGCAGAUUUAGGCGACAUUAUCGGAGAUAAUAAACUAGCACACGCAGACAACAAAGUAUUCCUCUUUUUACGGCGUGUGGAAAGACUGCAUCCGGAUUGAAAAGAAACUCCGGGGACGGGGACACUGGUCGGAACAACGCACAUCGUUUCUGACCUCCCCUGCCAGAGAGCACCAUGGAGAAGAUGAAGCGGUUUAGGAGGAGGCUGUCCCAGACUCUGAGAGGGAGUCAGACCAUCGAUGAGUCUCUGUCUGAACUGGCUGAACAGAAAACUAUAGAGGAGAACGGCAUCAAGGACAGCGCAACAGGGACCGUGGUGCAUAACGGUCACGGACUUCCCCCCUCGGCCCACAGUGUUCACUCCUUCCUGCACCAGUACACUAGUUCCUUCAAGAAGCCCCCUCUGCGGAGACCCCAGAGCGUCAUAGGUGGAGGAGGGCUAGGGUCUUUCAUGGCCGUGCAACGCAACGGCAGCCGCCUUGACAUCGUCCAUGAGAAUAUGAAGAUGGGUUCUGAUGGAGAGAGUGACCAGGCAUCAGGGACCAGCUCAGAUGAGGUUCAGUCUCCCACAGGGGUGUGUCUGAGGAACAGGGGCAACCGACGCAUCUCUGCAGAGGACCUGAACAAGCGUCUGUCCUUACCUGCUGACAUCCGUAUUCCAGAUGGUUACCUGGAGAAACUACAGCUCACCAGCCCCUCCUUUGACCAGCCCCUCAGCCGCCGCUCCCGAAGAGCAUCAUUGUCUGAAAUUGGAUUCGGGAAGCUUGAGACAUACAUCAAACUGGACAAGUUAGGAGAGGGAACGUAUGCUACAGUGUUUAAAGGAAGGAGUAAACUGACAGACAACCUGGUGGCUCUGAAGGAGAUCAGACUGGAGCACGAGGAGGGAGCACCUUGCACUGCGAUCAGAGAGGUGUCCUUACUGAAGGACCUGAAACACGCCAACAUAGUGACGCUGCACGACAUCAUCCACACAGACAAGUCCCUGACGCUAGUCUUCGAGUACCUGGACAAGGACCUGAAGCAGUACAUGGACGACUGUGGGAACAUCCUGAGCAUGCAGAACGUCAAGAUCUUCUUGUUUCAGAUCCUGCGAGGUUUGUCCUACUGUCACAGACGGAAGGUUCUACACAGAGAUCUGAAGCCUCAGAACCUGCUCAUCAACGAACGAGGAGAACUCAAACUGGCCGACUUCGGUCUGGCCCGGGCCAAGUCAGUCCCCACUAAGACGUACUCCAACGAGGUGGUGACGCUCUGGUACCGACCUCCUGACGUUCUACUGGGAUCCUCUGAGUACUCCACACAGAUAGACAUGUGGGGUGUGGGCUGUAUAUUUUAUGAGAUGGCUGCCGGGAGGCCUCUGUUCCCUGGCUCUGCUGUGGAGGACGAACUGCACCUCAUCUUUAGACUGCUGGGAACACCCUCAGAGGACAGCUGGCCUGGCAUCUCCUCCAUGGAUGAGUUUAAGUCCUACAAGUUCCCCAAGUACAAGACACAGCCUCUCAUCAACCAUGCUCCCAGGUUGGAUACCGAUGGCAUUGAACUGCUGCUGUCAUUUCUCAAAUACGAGUCCAAGCAGAGGAUGUCUGCAGAUGAGUCGAUGAGACAGCCCUACUUCAGGAGCCUGGGGACACACGCACACACACUGCCAGAGAGCAUAUCUAUAUUCACCCUGAAGGAGGUUCAGCUGCAGAGAGAUCCAGGCUAUAGGAACUCUAACUAUCCUGAGUCAGGCAACGGCAAGAACAGAAGGCAGAGCAUGCUCUUCUAAAGACUCCUAGUGGUGGUGUGUUCAACAGAUGAGGAUGUCCUACCUACCUGAAGAGUUAAACAGACAGAGAUGGUUCAGUCCCAGAGAUGGUUGUCUACAAGGGGCCACAGGGGGGGGGGGGGGUAGGAGGACCAGCCCUCUGUGCGUCCCCCCCUUUCUGCCAGGGGCCCCUAUCUACAGUCCUGUUGGACCCCUGGGGGCCCAGGCCAAUGUGAAACUGGCUAAAAAUAGAGAUGUUUAUACAUUUUUAUAUUUAUUGAGGAAUUUGAGAGAGAAUUUGCUGCUACAAAUCCAACUACUGUCUAGAAGAUUCUAACUGGCUCAGUCACUUUAAAAGAAAACAUGCAAUGUG